UUGGCAGCAGCCAAGGAGAGGGGCCGGCUCCGCCAAGACACAACAGGGAGGGGAUAAGCCGGCAUCCCCCACCCCCUCCGGACAGGGAGCAGGGGAGGAGAGCCAGUAUCCCCCACCCCUGCGCAGGGCGGAGGAGCGCGUCCCGCGCCCGGCGCCUCCUGCACCGACGCAUCUCCGGAGCGGUGCGCGAGAAUGCAGGUCCACAGGGACGCGCACGCGGGGCUCCAGCUGCCAUGGGGCUGGGUGGCUCUCUGCCUGAUGAGUCUGCUGCAUCUAAACAACUUGACCUCUGUUGCCACGGAGUCUACUACUCCAGGAAUAUCUCCAUCAAUUCCUACAAAUGAGUCCACUGAGAAAACUACCAUACCUAACAUUCCUGGAAGUACCAGCUCCAGCUCCUACUUCUUCCCUCAGGACAGCAAUGAGACCACACCAGCCAUCUCAGAGACAACGGUCAACUUUACUGCUACCUCUGGGAUUCCUUCAAGCUCUGGAACCACACAAACUUUUGUGCAACCUGAGACAUCCCCGACCGUCACAGUGCCCACCACUUCAGACAAUGCUCCCACCUCAGAGAUGACGUGGAAGCCCAACGUGACAUCUGUAAAUGUUUCUGAUUACUCAGCUAAUAUCAGUUCUGAGAUGACACCAACCACUAACUCAUAUGCAUACACUUCAUCUUCUACUGCCCCAAUUACCAUCAAGGGAGAAAUCAAAUGUUCAGGAAUUCGGGAAGUGAGAUUGGCCCAGGGCAUCUGCCUGGAACUAAGUGAAGCAUCUAGCUGUGAUGAAUUUAAGAAGGAAAAAGGAGAAGGUCUAACCCAGAUACUGUGUGGAAAGGAGGGGACUGAGGCCGAAGCCAGUGAUAAUGUCUGCUCCUUGCUUCUAGCCCAGUCUGAGGUUAGGCCCGAGUGUUUGCUGAUGGUCUUGGCCAAUAGCACAGAACUUUCCAGCAAACUCCAGCUUAUGGAAAAGCACCAGUCUGACUUGAGAAAGCUGGGGAUCCAAAGCUUCAAUAAACAAGAUAUUGGGAGCCACCAGAGCUAUUCCCGAAAGACUCUGAUUGCAUUGGUCACCUCUGGAGUCCUGCUGGCCAUCUUGGGCACCACUGGCUAUUUCCUGAUGAAUCGUCGCAGUUGGAGCCCCACAGGAGAAAGGCUGGGUGAAGACCCUUAUUACACGGAGAAUGGUGGAGGCCAGGGCUAUAGCUCAGGACCUGGGGCCUCUCCUGAGACUCAGGGAAAGGCCAGUGUGACCCGAGGGGCUCAGGAGAACGGGACCGGCCAGGCCACCUCCAGAAACGGCCAUUCAGCAAGACAACAUGUGGUGGCUGACACAGAACUGUGACUUGGCUGGGUGGGCAAAACUGGGUGGUAUCCAGGGAAGUGGCAUCUCUGCCCCUGACCUCAUGCUGCCUCUAACUCGUGUCCUACCUUCUCACAUCACACACACUUUAGCGACUGUUCCUAGGACUCUUCGCCUUUAGGGAGGCAGAUAAACUGCCCUCUGAACCUUCAGCUCCCUGAACCCAAACUCUGACCUUGGGUCAGAUUUUGAUGGGGAGGAGCCUAGGCCUAGAGGAGCUGCCGAGAAUGUUGGUGGCUGUGUAACAUUUGCUUUGGACCCUUCCUUCCUCUUCUCUUGCCUCUUUGCGGGGACUCUUGGGAAGACGAGCUUUUCUAAGCUACAGCUUCCGGGAAACUCUUCUUUUUACUGUUUCUUCUUUCUGAUUUCUUUCCCUACUUCAGGGAAACCAAGGUAUUCACUGACAUCUACUCCCAUAUAAGGAUACAGCUAGAAAACAGUAUAUCCCUUAUAACUAACUCAUCAAGAGACUGUGGAUUUAGUGACCAACUUCUCUUGGUCACCGGUUCCUGAAUAUCUGUCUACAGAGGCCAGGAAAAAUUUCUGUCUGUAUCUUGAUACUGGGCCCCAUGUUUUAAAACAACAUCUCACCCGGUAUCUUGGGGUCACACAGAAAUUCUCAUUGGUUCAGUGUAGACAGGACAUUGGAACUAGACUUUGAACUGAGCCUCUUUUUUGUUUUGUUUUGUUUUGUUUUGUUCCUAGGGAUUGAACCCUGAACUUCACACAUAUUAGGCAAGUGCUCGACCACUGAGCUAUAUCCUGAGCUCUCCUCCCUCUUCUUAUUUAGAGACAAGGUUUCAUGUAGGUGACCAGGCUUGCCUUGAGCCGGCAGGUCUUAAACUCUUGCUUUAGGCUUCCAAGUAGCUUGAAUUACAGACCUGAACUACUAGGCUCAGUUGAGCUAAGCCUUCUGACCUGAGCUCUUCAGAAGAAUCUUCUUGCUGUGAAGCCCCUAGCCUUCUUUAAACUCUAUGAUACCCCCUCCCAUCUCCUGCCCUCUGACUCCCGGGGGAGCUGUGGUCUCAGCCCCCUGGUAGACUCCUUUCUGUCUGUGCCUUUUUCUAGCCUAAACCCCUUCAAGAAUAUAAUCUUCCUCUCCUGGGGUUGACCCAGGACCCCUUCUCUUAUUUUUCCAGGGGGGGGGAGGAGGGGGGUGGACAGGGAUCCUGAUUUCAAUGAGGCUGGAAAAAGAACUUUCCAGAGAUGAGAGGAUUGGGUGGAUUCUUUUCUGAAUAAACAGUGAUGAGUGAGAAUAA